AUGAACCCCGCCACGCUGUCAUCGGUAGGCUUCGAUUUCGGAGCGUCUGGCAGCCAGCCAGAAGCAAAUGAUCACCUGCAGAGGCUAGCUGCCAUGACCCAAGGAGUUGGCAAAGACGAUCAUGAACAAACAGCAGCUCCCUCCGCAGACGCUGCCUUGUACACAGGUGCAGCAGCGUAUAUGCCUGGAUAUGCCGGUUGGCCUAACUACUACCAGCAGUUUGGACAACCACUCGCUCCUGCAGCAUUUUCUGCCUGGCCCCCGCAAUGUUAUGCCGCUCCACAUUGGCCCAACUAUGCUGCGUCGAAAAAAGGCAGACAGACGUAUCAACGGUACCAGACAUCAGUGCUCGAGCAAAAGUUCCAGCAAUCAAGCUACGUGAGCAAGAAACAAAGGGAAGAGCUACGACUACAGACGAACCUCACCGAUCGACAAAUUAAGAUUUGGUUUCAAAAUCGACGGAUGAAGGCGAAAAAAGAAAAGCAACGGAUAGAUGACCAUGGAGAACAUGCUCCACUGUUGCCGGCAAAUCCCCCGAAAACCCUGUUAGACGAUGAUGAUAAGAAAUGGCACAUGAGUGCCACACAACAAACCACAGCGGCAUGGCCACCGGCGCCACCGCAUCCCUAUCAGUAUCCAUUAUGUCCCCCAUGA